GAUAACGAUUUCUAACCAGCGAACAGACCCAGACGCCAGCGGUCUCAGGGAAGUCUCCCCACCAGGCGGACGCAGCUCCGGCACCAACCAGGACAGAAAUGUGACCAGUAUCUCGGUGGGACAUGUGUCCAGCCGGGGGCCGUCUGAUCAGUCCAUAGAAGAGAUCAAGAGACAGGCAACAGAGAAGUAUGGAGACAUUCCAUUGGACAUUGUGUAUAUUUACCGUAGUAAACCCACACUGGGCGUGGCCAUAGAAGGCGGAGCCAACACCAGACAACCCCUUCCAAAGGUCAUUAGUGUUCAGCCUGGCGGAUCUGCGUUCGAAUCCGGCGGUCUGAAAGUUGGUCACGUGAUCCUGGAAGUGAACGGCCAGCCUGUGGUUGGACUACCUCACAUGGACGCUGCCCGACUGAUCGCCGAAGCCUUCAAAAACCGGACCUACAACCGUAUGGAGCUGUUGGUCACUCCGUGGUCGGAUUCUCUACUGGACGCCAUCAAGGUCGAUGUGGGGCUGCUUAAAUCUAGAUGA